AUGAAACUAUCUAUCUAUCUAUCUAUCUAUCUAUCUAUCUAUCUAUCUAUCUAUCUAUCUAUAUAUAUAUAUAUAUAUAUAUUUUCUUCUUCUUCUUCUUCUUCUUCUUCUUCUUCUUCUUCUUCUUCUUCUUCUCACCUCUCUGCCCUGCACCUCAAAGUCUCCCUCAUCCGGAACAGGAUUAUUAGAUUUACAGAAAUAAGUUCUUUCAUUUUUUUUUCUUAUCAUUCUUCUGAUUCCCUCUUCCUUCGCCUCUUCCAUGUUGUUGUUCUCCUCCUCUUCUUCUUCUUCUUCUCAAACUUUCACAUUCAUCACUUUACCUGUCUGCAACGUCCUGCGUUCGACUUCUUUAUCUUCUUCGCCCCCAUUUUACUUACUCCUCCCCUUCUUCUUCACAUUUUCCUCUUCUUCUUCACCUCCUCCUUCUUAAUCUUUCUUAUUUAUCUUUCUCCUUCUCUUGUGUAUUCCUCCUUCUUACGCAGUCUAUAUUCCUUCUUCUUCUUCUUCUUCUUCUUCUUCUUCUUCUUCUUCUUCUUCUUCUUCUUCUCAAACUGUCACAUUCAUCACUUUACUUGGCUACACUUCCCCCUCACCUCUUCUUUCUCCUUCUUAGCAUUUUCACAUUCAUUUCUUUACUACGCCACAAGGUUUCUCUAUUUCUUCUUCCUCCUUUUCCUCUUCCAUCUCCUCCUCCUCCUCCUUCACGCGUCCUUCUCCUCUUCCUCCUCCUUUUUUCGCUCUUUCACCAUCACCCCAUCACUGCACCGUUCCGCAUUCUUCCUCCUCCAUUGCCAUUUGUUCUUUUCAGCAAUGGCGAAUUUUCUGGUUAAAUAUCUUGUUCUAUCUAUCUAUCUAUCUAUCUAUCUAUCUAUCUAUCUAUCUAUCACAGUCUGUUCAGAUCUAUCUAUCUAUCUGUUUCUCUUUUGUGGUGCUCAACCUUGGUAA